AGAUUAGAUUGAUUAGAUUGUUAUCCAAUUUGGACAACAACAAAAAAAAAAUCAAAAAUUUUAAUCACCGUAUAACAAUUGUGUCUGUGUAUUUUGUGUUUGAAAUAAAAAAAACCUGAAAAUAAAGCUACAAAUACCCUCUUUAUCUUUUCUUCUUCUUCUUCGAAAGUUUUGAAUUCUCAAAAAGAAAAAAAUGGCCACUGGUUCAUCAUCACCAUAUUUAAAUCACCUGUCCAGUGCACAUGAACAGCAGGCACAUUUAAUGCAAGUGGCAGCUGCGGCUGCCGCUGUAGGUGGUGGCUAUGGACGUGAACCAUCACAAUCAUCUGGAGGAUCAUCAUCAAUAACAACAUCAUCAUCAUCAUCAGGUUCUUCGGCUGCUGCAGCAGCAGCAGCAGCAGCGGCUGCAGCCGUUGAUCUUAAAUAUUCAAUGCAUCCACAAGCAAAUGGACAUGCAACAGCAUUAGGUCAACAUCAUUGGUCAUCAUCAUUAGGUUUACAGACAUCACUUGGUACUAAUCAUCAAUCGGGGCAUGGUCCAUCAUCUAUAUCAGGUGGUAUAUCAUCACCGCAUCAAAUGAGCCAUGCAGCAUCAAGUGGACAAGCAGCAGCGGCUGCAGCGGCAGCCGCUGCCGCAGCCGCCGCAGCUGAUAUGCAAAUGUCAAAUCCAUGGGCAACAGCCGGUGUAAUGCAUGGCAUGCAUCAUGCUCAUCAUGCCCAUCAUCAUACUGCUCAUCAUCCACAUCAUAUGCAUCAUCAUAGUCCGGAUAUCAAAACACAUAGUGGACAUGUACAAUCUCAGAAUGGUACAAGUUCAUCAUCAUCAUCAAAUGAUUUAGCAUCUAUACAUGCGGCUGCAGCAGCUGCGGCAGCGGCAGCUCAUCAUGUACAUGCUGCAGCACAUCGUGGAACACCUCAACAUUCAAUGACACCAACAUGGCAUCCAAUGUCAUUGACAAUGCCUGGUCAUCAACAUCAUCAUCAUCAUCAUCAUACCGGUACACCACCACCGCCUACACAUAGCAAUGGUGGUUCACCAUUACAUCAACAUUCAAUGGCGGCAUAUCCAAGUAUGAAUGGUAUGUUAGCUGCAGCUGCUGGUGGUGGUCAAGCAUCAAUGCUACAUCCUGCUAUGCGUGGUCAUAGCGGUCUUGGUAGUGAUCUAAGUUUAUCGAUGCAAAAUGAUUUAGCAUCACGUUUGGAUGAUAAAUCAUCAUUUUCGAUGGGUCUAUUAGGAUCAUCCGAUUCAUCUAUACCUCGUGUACAUUCCGGUAGUGUUACUGGCACUGAAAGUGCCGGCGAAGAAGAGACACCAAGUUCGGAUGAUCUUGAACAGUUUGCCAAACAGUUCAAACAACGACGUAUCAAAUUAGGCUUUACCCAAGCCGAUGUCGGCCUAGCAUUAGGUACAUUAUAUGGCAAUGUAUUUUCGCAGACAACGAUUUGUCGAUUCGAAGCAUUACAGCUUAGUUUUAAAAAUAUGUGCAAACUAAAACCACUAUUAGCUAAAUGGUUAGAGGAAGCGGAUUCUACGACCGGUUCGCCAACAUCAAUCGAUAAGAUUGCUGCUCAAGGAAGAAAACGCAAAAAACGAACAUCAAUCGAAGUUUCAGUGAAAGGAGCAUUGGAAACCCAUUUUCACAAACAACCGAAACCAUCAGCUCAGGAAAUAACAUCAUUAGCUGAACACUUGCAAUUAGAGAAAGAAGUGGUGAGAGUUUGGUUUUGUAAUAGGCGACAAAAAGAAAAGCGUAUGACACCACCAACUGGACAAUUGGAUGGUACGCCUACAUCAGCAAUGAUGAUGAGUCCACCACCAGAUGAUGCAAUGCAUAGUGGUGGUAGUCCACCAUUAUCAAUGACACAUGGCCAUCUUUCUCAUCACCAUCCUCAUCAUCCACAUAAUCCGCACCAUCAUCAUCAUCAUCAUCAUCAUGGUCACCAUCAACCACAAUCACCGCCUUAUUCUCCACCAAAUCCUGGCCAUAUGAAUUCAGGUAAUGGUGGUCAUCAAUCUGGUCAUCCUGGUGGUGGGAAUGGUGGAAAUAAUGGUGGUAUGAAUCCAAAUCUAACAGGUCCUAAUUCGAUCCAUACGCAUCCAUCAUUAACGGCACACUGACAUCAAGCGGCGCUGGGCGGCUCAUUAUCAUUAUCGUCAUCAUCAUCAUCACCAUCAACAUCAUUGAUAUCGAUGUUUAAUCCGAAUAAU